CAAACAGAUACGCAAGUUUUCUUGUUCACCAUUUCCAAAUACAAGCUAAAGGACUGAUACCAUGCUGUUGAUCAUGCCUUUUGCACUUUGCGUUUCUAUUGGCAUAUUACUGCUGCCGAGGUUUCCAUGUACUUUGGGGAAGUGCAUCUUUGACCAAGUUCAGAGAUCAAUCAAAGUUGUGUCCCCGCCCACUGGUCAAUACGCCUUUGCUCAUCGGUCCUUGAGUGAAACUGCGUCACAGGAAAAUCCAGCCCCACGCAGUUCUAAACAUCAGAGAGCAGAAAGACGUGUGGAAUCUAUGACGGAUUUACAACCAAUCAGAAUCAAGGCCUGGAUCCCUUCGGAAAGCCCCGCCCUCACAGAAUGGGAGCGAGAGAGAUUAAUGAGCGCACUUGAUGAUGCUGUGAGCGAAAUUUCCAAUUUACUGUCAGUGAGGCGAGUUCCACAUAGUUUGCUGCUGAACAGAGACAUAAACAAAUACUGCAAAUUCAUCUGGAGAAACAGCAGCACUGUUAACCACAUGAAAUGUGGCAGAGCCAAUGAGAACUACAGAUUCGAGACCUGCCUUGGCGUAAUUAUGCCAGAUGAACACCUGAAUGGCUGUGCUGUUUAUCCACAUCCUGAGCAUCCAGACCCGACAGUGCUGAAGCCAGAGGGGACGGGAGUUGCUGACACCGACUUUCUGCUUUAUGUGUUUACUCACAGUACAGAUAAAUGUCGAGCAGAGUCUAGUAUACUGGCUUAUGCUGCUCACUGUCAGACAGAUUCAGAGGGACGUCCUCUUGCUGGAACUAUGAUCAUCUGUAGAGAGACACUCAGUAUGGAAAGAUACACACAUGAGCACUUUGUGCAGACAGUGAUCCAUGAGCUGUUCCAUGUGUUGGGCUUCAGUAAAGAUCUCUUCGGCCGAUGGAAGGAUUGUUCCCUCUCUUCUCAGGCUGGCAUUGACUGUUGGUCUCAUGGCCAGCUGACCAGCACAGAUGAGAUGGGCCAAGCUAGACUGUAUUCUCCUACUGUGAUCAGAGAAAUGCAAAAACACCUCAACUCUACCCACACUGACCUUGGAGCUCCAUUAGAGAACAAGGAUGCUGGUUCAGAUGGUCUCUCAUCACACUGGGAGGCUCGUGUGCUUCAGGGUUCCAUCAUGGCAGCUUUACUGGUGGAGCCGUCACUGAUACGCAUCGAUCCCAUCACACUCGCUGCCCUCCAGGACACAGGCUGGUAUUCAGUGAACCUCAGUCGAGCUCAGAGCCUGGUGUGGGGAGAAGGUGAAGGCCAUCAGUUUGGAUCUGUCUCUACCUGUCACAAUUCAACUUUCUUUUGCACAGACAGUGGAUUGGGAUGUCAUUACCUUCACUUCCACAAGGGGGAGUGUGUCACUGAUCAGUAUCUGGAUGGCUGCCACAUUUUCAAACCCCUAGCAAAUGCUAGUGAAUGCUGGAAAGAGGAGAAUGAGAGGAGUGGACUGACUGAAGGGAGUGGAGAGAUAUAUGGCUCAGACAGCCGCUGUUUCAUAUCCAACCUCACCAGACUGAAUAAUGCAUCUGCUAGUGCACCAGUGGCAGGUCACUGUUACAGACACAGAUGCACUGGAAUAAACAAAUAUCAAAUUCAGGUGAUGGGUUCUGAUUGGUUGGAUUGUCCAGCAGGAAAGAGCAUUGAGGUGUCUGGUUAUGAGGGUUUCAUUUUCUGCCCAGACAACAGAAUAUGUAAAUAUUCUGAUUUAGCUCCUACUACAUCAAGACAGAAGGCAGCUGACCAUCUAAAUGCAGGCACAUUCAUUGAAAGUGAUGAUGAUGUGAUCAAGAAAGACAGGUCCACUCCUCGUCCCAGUUUCAUCCGUCGCUCCUCAGCCACAGUGUCUAAGGUCAUUGUGGCAGCAGUGCUGAGCUUCAUGGCUGCUUUCUCUCUACUGCCUGCUGGAAUGCACGUCUACAGGAAGUGUUCAUCAGUCAGGGUCAGAGUACAUGCCGUCAAUGAGCCUUCAUACAUGCCACAGAUGCCACAAACUCAAUGCAUCAGUACGAACUGAUAGUAGUGGACAAAUAAAAUUCAGAAAGUUAAAAAUAAGUAAAUAAAUUAUAACAAAUAAUUAAACAUCUUUUGGAAUACAUGUAUUCAAAUAUUUUUAUGAUGCAGAUGAUAAAGGUGUGGUGUGAUAACAUAGAUUUUUACAAUGGUCAUAAACUUUCCUUAGUUCAAGUCCUUUGAUAAAUCUUGCGUGCACAUGAAAGAUGAUGUUUGUCUUUGAUUUAAACACGACUUCGACUUACUCUCCACUGAAAAAACAAAGAUUAUUAUAGAAUAUUAAGUUUUUUUGUAAAAUGUAUAGUUUAAAUAAAAAUUUUUAAAAUAUAUAAUUGACGUUGUAUAAACCAAUAGCCCUU